ACGCCUCAGAAGGGCUGGUGCCCGGGAAUCACUGGCCUGAGGGGAAGAAAGGCCUUCCCUUAGGCCGGUGGUCCCCGAUUUCUAGUCCCCCAGGUGUUUUUUGGACCCCGACUCCCAGAAGCCUCAUCUGCCUUGCCAGUGUGUAGGGAUUCUGGGAGUUGGAGUCCAAAACACCUGGAAUAGCAGAGUGGCCCUUCAGACAGCAGAUCUGAGCUGACCUGAAAGGGCAAAUCUGUUAAUGCCUCAACUGCUAUGGCUGAAUACUCAAUACUCUGUUUGACAGAGGAUGCUGAAGGCCUUAGGAAUUGUGGGAGUUGACGUCCAAAAGAGCUGGAGGGCCGACGUUUGCCCAUGCCUGCCUUAAACCAUGGCAGAGAAAGUGGUGCCAAACUGCAGCAAUUCCACAGUGUGGAUUGACCCUAAGAUAACUUUGUCUGGGUUUGUAGUUCAAUGGAAGGGGAAUCAGACCUUAUUCCUUCCCUGCCUCAGGGAGCAAAAUAUUUGGGGCAGGCACUCCACUUCGAAAGUCAACUUGGCAAGUGAUAGUUACCGCUUCUUGCCAUUGCCUGCCUGCUGCUCUUCCAGUUUUCUUUCACUUGGGGCUUCCAUUAUGCUGACAUGGUAACUACAAGGUGGCCCUUGCCAAAAGGUGAACAGAAACAUCGGCUCCAAAAAGGUUAGUAGAGCAGCCUGAUCGAGGCCCUUUUCCAGACAGGCGCAGAUGAUGCCAGAGCUAUGACAGGGGCUGCAGCCUUGGCAGUGAAGGGUGGUGAUCAGUUAUGCAACAGCCAAAGGAGGAAGUACCUGAGGUCAGGGAAGAGGAGGAAGAAGAGGAAGAGGCUGUGACAGCCGUAGGUGGAGCCUCAGACCCAAAUGAAGGACCAGAUAAUUCAGCAGCUUCUAUUAGCUACACUGAUCUUUCACAGAGCUCUUCUCCUUCCCUGUCGGACCAACUACAGAUGGGCUGUGAUGAAUCUGCCUCGGGAAGUCUGAAUGUCGAAUGCAGGGUCUGUGGAGACAAGGCAUCUGGGUUUCACUACGGGGUACACGCAUGCGAAGGUUGCAAGGGCUUCUUUCGUCGAACAAUACGUAUGAAGUUGGAGUAUGAGAAGUGUGAGCGAAACUGCAAGAUUCAGAAAAAGAACCGAAACAAGUGCCAGUACUGCCGCUUUCAGAAAUGCCUCUCUUUAGGCAUGUCGCACAAUGCCAUUCGUUUUGGGCGUAUGCCAGAAGCUGAGAAAAGGAAGCUAGUUGCAGGACUGACGGCUACAGAGAUCAACUGCCAGAACCAGCAGCUGGCUGACUUGAAAGUCUUUUCCAAGCACAUUUACAAUGCCUACCUGAAGAAUUUCAACAUGACCAAAAAGAAAGCACGAGGCAUCCUGACAGGGAAAGCUAGCAGCACCCCGCCUUUUGUGAUUCAUGACAUGGAUACUUUGUGGCAAGCAGAAAAGGGACUGGUGUGGAAACAGCUAAUAAAUGGGCUACCACCAUACAAGGAGAUUGGUGUUCAUGUUUUUUACCGCUGCCAGUGCACAACAGUGGAGACAGUGCGGGAGCUUACAGAAUUUGCUAAGAGCAUCCCUAGCUUCAUCAGCCUUUACCUUAAUGAUCAAGUGACUCUGCUGAAAUAUGGGGUGCAUGAAGCCAUCUUUGCCAUGCUUCCCUCAAUCAUGAACAAGGACGGACUCUUAGUAGCCAAUGGGAAUGGCUUUGUUACACGCGAGUUCCUACGCAGUUUGCGCAAGCCCUUCAGUGAAAUCAUGGAGCCCAAGUUUGAGUUUGCUGUGAAGUUCAAUGCUCUGGAGCUGGAUGACAGUGACUUGUCUCUGUUUGUAGCUGCCAUCAUCCUGUGUGGAGAUCGCCCUGGUUUGAUGAAUGUCAAACAGGUAGAGGAGAUUCAAGACAAUAUCCUUCAGGCCCUCGAGUUCCACUUGCAGGCCAAUCAUCCUGAUACACAAUACCUCUUUCCUAAGCUGCUGCAAAAAAUGGCUGAUUUGCGCCAGUUAGUGACUGAGAAUGCCCAGCUGGUGCAGAAGAUCAAAAAGACAGAGACAGAGACUUCUCUGCACCCGCUUUUGCAGGAGAUCUACAAGGACAUGUACUGAAGAGCCUGCAUUCAUGAGAGAUAGGUUAAAGCCAUGGAAUACAGCAAAAUGCUUUGUACAUUAGCAAAGAAAUCGCCUGUGUUUUCUGUCCUUUCUACUGGAGUUGCUUCUCUAGAUAAUUGCUGUGUACUGUGCACAAGGGUAUACAGUUAAAGACUCGGCACCUGCCAUCCAGUGAUAAGUCAGGUCUUCCUUUAGCAUACACUAAGUGAAACUUUAAGGCACAUCAUAAGCUAAAUAUCUGUUUUUACAGUUCAGCUGUUACACUGUUAAAGAGCAGCUGAUGAUGCGUUUACACACACCUCACAAAUACUUUUGGAACUAUUGAUUAGAUUGUUCUGUUGGUCAACACAGAUUGUGUCUGGACAAUUAAAGCAAACGAGCUUGUCUGGCAGGAACAGCACUUAUAUCAUAUAUUUGUUUUAUGUUUUUAUAUUGCACUCUGGACUCUAGUUUGGCCCUCAUUCUAAGACAUGAUAAAGAGAAUAUGUGUCUUUAUGUUUAUAUCAAUUUCCCAAAGAAAGUUCAAAGUCUUUCAUGAAGGGUACAGACACUUCUUGUGGAGUCACUUCGACAAGAAAGGUCUUGGCCUUUUCCCUCAGUGCACAAAAACAGAUAUGCCUUCUGCAUGAACAACCAUGUCUCCUUUCCUCCCUGUUCAUUUCUUUUUUUCUCCCUUUUGUGUUGGUCUACAGUGCAUUUUGCUGGAGUUCUUUCUAGACAUGUGAAGUGCUUCCUUACUUACUGAAGAGAGAGGGCUUCUUUUUCUAUUGCACUGCACUCCAGUGCUCGCCAAAUGAUGGAGUCAUCCCAGGAUCUUGCUCUAGGAUGAUAUUGUAGCUGCCAAAAGUCCAUUUGCUUCCUUUACUUGAGUAAAAGUAGAUAUGACACUCCAUGGGGUUUGUGGAGAAGCGGGAUGGCUGUAAGCACUUGAUGGUCUCCUUGUCUAGGGGAAUGUAAUAUAAAUCUCAUUCUUAAAAGGGUAGCACCCAGACUAUGAGAUGGGUGUGAUUUGAGGAUGUUGGAGAAGGCAGUGAUGAUUGCAUCUCCCCACCUUUACUUGGUCUUCCCAAACUGCUGGAGACAUCUGAAAGGUUAUUCCCAAUAUGUGAAUUGCAUCUGUGCCUUUCCAACAAGGCAAUACAGCAUAGUAUGUGCUGUGUUUGCCCAUUUUCCUCUGCUUUUGUCAUCAGUUUUAGCAGGAAGCACUGCACUAGCAUUGAGCAUUUUAGCAUUUCCUCUAUAGGCAUGCGCAAUCAUGCGUUUUAGAUAUUCCUGGGGCUCAGAGCAGGCUCCAACACUCCUCUUAAUCCCCUAAACUGGUCUUGCUCCAGUCCACAGAGUUCUCACCAGAUACCUUUUGUCAUCUUUAGUCUAGUUAGUACAGAAGCUCUCCAUUUGCAGAGUAAUUAUUGUCAUGGGACUGUAUAGUCCAUGUGAGGCUGUUCUGGAUAACCACGGUUGAUACAUUAUGUGACUUGUCAGAUCUCUGGCUUCCAAUUCUCAACAUUAAUGACAUCAGAUUAGUUAAUUGUUUCCCAAACUCUGGUCUUCCAGGUGUUUUGAACUUCAGCUCCCAGAAUCCAUAAACAUUGGCCAAGGCUGCUGAGGCUUCUGGGGGAUGAAGUUCAAAAUACCCAGAGGACUAAAGUUUAGGAAUCACUGGAUCAGAUCAUCAUGAUGCCGGAGCCUCCGGUGGCCUAGGGGAUAAAAGCCUCAUGACUUGAAGGUUGGGUUGCUGACCUGAAGGCUGCUAGGUUCGAAUUCCACCCGGGGAGAGCGCGGAUGAGCUCCCAUCUAUCAGCUCCAGCUCCAGCUCCAUGCGGGGACAUGAGAGAAGCCCCCCACAAAAAUGGUAAAAAAAAAAACAUCUGGGCAUCCCCUGGGCAACGUCCUUGCAGACAGCCAAUUCUCUCACUCCAGAAGCAACUCCAGUUGCUCCUGACACACAAAAAAUAAUCAUGAUGCCGGAGAAUGGUCUAAGAACCUUAGCACUGAGAUUUGUGUACUGUUUUCUUGUUACGUGGCCUUAGGCAAGCUUAUUUGUUUAGUACAUUUUCAAAUCAAUUGCAUGCUGGAGGGGGGAUUUUGAAAUAUUUUUCUAAAGAAUCAUUGGCAUAGCAAAAGGAAUGUAAUAAUUUCACUACUGUGCAGUGAUAGAUAUUUAGGUGAUGGAAAUUUGUUUGAACUUACCAGUUGUCCCAACCAUUUCAGCUCAAACCAUUGACUUGUUUUUCUGGACUCCCAUGCAGCAGUUUUAACAUUUUGUCUUCCUGACUAAAUUUAGGGAAUGAGCUUUCAGUAUCCUCUUUUGUGGCAGUAACAAUCACAUUAAUAUUUUACUCCUUUUAGAAUACUCAUGUAUAGUCUAGAACCAUCCCCUUCUUUUGUAGAGUGGCAAAAGGCAAGAAUGUAGUUAUUCCUGAGAGAGCCCAAAAGAAGCAUUGAUUUGCUCUAUUCUAUCCACUAUGGCAGUGCUUCUGGCCUUUUUGAAGUUCUUGGUGGGGUAAUGGUGGCAGUGGUCAGAGGCAACUAGCCCCUGAAGCAGCAUUGGUGCUUUCUGUUCUCUAUAGAAUGACUUUCAACUUCUUCAUGGGCAAUAUCAAAAUGCUUAAUUUUGACCCCCAAACCUGCCUUCAACAUAUAAAAAGGUAAAGGUUUUCCCCUGACAUUAAGUCUAGUGUCCGACUCUGGGAGGUGGUGCUCGUCUCCAUUUCUAAGCUGUAGAGCCUGCGUACCUACUGAUCUACUCACAUUUGUAUGUUUUUGAACUGCUAGUUUGGAAGAAGCUGGGGCUAACAGUUGGAGCUCACCCCAAAUUCAAACUGCUGACCUUUCGUUCAGCAGCCCAGCGGUUUAACCCACUGCACCACCGGGGACCUCAACAUAUAUGUGAGAACAAUUUAUAUAUUAAUAUAUAUAGUAAUGUUUUACCUAAGGGAGCAUAAUUCAAUGACAUAGCAAAUGCAUUGCAUGAGAAAGAGCUCAAGUUCAGUAUCUGGUUAAAGUCAUCCCUUAGUAAGCUAUACGGAUUUCUUAUUCCAGAGACUCUGGAGGGCUAAUACCAACCAGAGGAAGCAAUGUUGGACUAGAUGAACAGAGGGUAUAAUUUGGUAUCAAACUGUGUUGCAAAUUGCACCAUAUAACUUGUUAUUUUCCUUGAUUAUAUAAGAAGGGAGACAGAAGUUGUGACACUAGUAUCAGGGCCCUUUCACUCUGUACAGUUACAAUAUUAUGAUUCCACUUUAACAAGUCAUGGCAACAUCCUCCUGGGAUUUAUUAUUUUGUGAGGGGUAUUUCGACUUCCUAUUCAGAGAGCUCAAUGCACCAUCAGACUGCAAACCCCAGGAUUCCAAAAGAUGUUGCCAAGACAAUUAGAAUGGAAGCAAGGUGCUGCAGUGGUUUAGUAUGAAAGGAGCCUUUUUCCCCCCUGUAGUUUUAGGUUGCAAAUCUGCCCUUGCAAACCACCCAUCCAAGGGAUCUUCAUGUGUAGUGAAAGAGUGAACAACUAGGCUAAUUUGCCGCCAGAUCUUUUUCAGGCAGUUUCAUAGUAUUGUCAUAUCAGCAGGAUUAUCCCUAGAACAGUCCAUACCCUGUACUUUAUAUUUUAGAAACUCUUCUGGUCAGUAGCCACAGUUUGUAAGGCAGAACAAAGAAUGUAUUUUGAUGUCAGGUUACCUGUCUGAUAGUGUGGACAUAUAACAUGAAAGACAAGUCCUAUUUGAACAACUGCACAAAAAAAGCAUAAGUCAUGGUAAAGCCAUAAUAGUGGUGGUUGGCUUGACUCUUGAGACUGAUCUAUGAGGCUUUGUUUAAAGAUCUAGAAGAUGGUACCUGGUAGGAGAGAAACUGAGCCCAUUUCCCCAGCAAAACAAAAUGUCAGUGACAAUAAUAAUAAUAAGUAGUUUAUUUUUAUAUCCUGCUCCCAUCUCCCCCAGAGGGACUUGGGGCUGCUCACAUGGGAACAAGCCCGAUAUCAACAUACAUUUAAACAAUCAUUAAUUAAAACCAAUAUAAACAAUAAAACCAUAUAAACAGUAUAAACAGUAUAAAACAUAAACAUAUCAAGUCAUCUGAGUCUGAGCAUAGUGCAAAAUAUAUAGAGAUAAAAUUAUACAAAUUUCUCGUAAGGCUCAGGAUAAAAUAUAGGCAUACUAUGAUCCACCUCAGAGACCUAACCCCUGCCCUAGACCACUGCCCUACAUUGUUACAGGAUCCAGUUUAUCUUUUUACAUUGAUUAGUCAUGAAAAUUCUCAAAGGAUCUUACAGGCAUGCUUGUCUGUAGCAUUUUGGAUCCUACCGAAACCAAAUACAAAAGUGUACAGUGCUUGGAAUCUAGAUGUUUCUCCUUGAUAUCAUACCUAGAGAUCACUGCUGGUAGGGAAGUUGACAACUGUGUUGAGUGUCCUGCCAAUAUCUGGGGUCACCAGUGAAGCAAAAUAAUUACAUAUUGUUUCUACACUCCAUCAUCCUCAGUUGAAUCUUUUGUAGUAGUUGACAAUAGAAUAGUUCCAAUCACUACCUAAAUAUGAUAGUUAACUUUGUGUAAUCGGCUGGAAUGUUAUUGUUAGUGCAGGGAAACCAAGUUAAUUAAUCCUUGCUAUCUUCUUCCAGCUCUGCACUGAAUUAUCUGCUGGUACUGUGUUGUGCCUAUUUCCAGAUUGGAGUGAUCCACCUCUACCUCGCAGGAAUUAUGUGAGGCUGAUGGAAUGUGUCUUAUUAAAGCGGUUUGGAGUAUUUAUGUAGCAGGAACCAGAGAUGGGCAAAUCACUGAGAAGUUUUUUUUUAAGCUUUCCAAAAGCCUUGGGCCUGCAUCUUCACUCAAAACCUUUUGAAGGUCUCUUCACCCGAUUCUCUGCUUUCCCUCAGGAGUUGCUGGGCAUGUAUUUUCAGUGCUUGCUGAGUGGAGUAUGCACUCUCUCUUUUGGGGAAGGGGCUGAAUGGGAUAUUGUAGCAAUCCUCAAAUUGAAAUGUAUAUUUUUGUUAGAAGUUCAAACUCCAGGUGUUUUUAAUAAUAUAGUGACUGACAGCUUUAUAUAAAUUGGAAAUAAAUAUUUAAGAAACUA